UUGUCCCCAUGUUCUAGUGGGUCCCGUGGAGGCUCUGACAUAAAAUGACAUAAAAAGACAUUCAUCUUUAAAGCUUUGCUUCACACUCUCGAGCUUCUUAGUAUAUUGGAGAAAUAUUUAAGUGUGAGGAUUGUGUUUAAUUCAUUAUCUACUAGAAUUAAAGUUACAAACGUCAUUGUCCUAUUUUACAGCUUUUACUAGUUACUUUACUCAUUUCUGGGAUAUAUUUUUUGUUUUCUUUAAGUAAUCAAAGUAAUUGCAGGAGCUGUUUGAUACAACAACAAAAUAACAAAUGAAUUGGAGAUGUUUCAGUGUGGUGAAGAAAGGCUUAAAAUUUAAUAUUUAAGUUAUUAACUUCAAUUAGGACAAUGUACAUUCAUCAACAUGUCGGUUUAAAGCAACAAUGUCCCCCAGUUUUACAGUGGAUGGGGAUUUCCUUUUUACAGUUUUUAAAACAUUUAACCUCCACUAUCUGUGGUUGCAGGCCAACAGGUUGUGGUAGACUUUCAGGUGUCUCUGUGGUUUUGGCCCAUCUGCUGGCCCAGGUAGCUGCAGACUGAAGUUGUUGUAGUUUAUAGUAUGCUGACCUUAUUUUUCUUUAUUUUUAGAUGCCUCGCGGCAAAGGUUUUCGCCGUACACAAGCCUUUAAAAGGAAGAUGGAAGACCCCAAACCACUGGAUGUCGAAAUCAAAGUUCAAGAAAGCACGUUUGUGGCUUGGUCAAGGAACAGGAACGCGGCAUAGAAGUAGACCUUGGCCGACCUCUUCUGCCAACAAUACCUGCAAACUGGUCAUUCCACCAGAAUCAAAAGACAAGAAAUUUGUCUUUCUUAUCGGAGACUCUCAUCUAAGGGCUAUUGUGGAUGGAUUUGCUCCUAUUAAAGAAGAGAGUCUUUAUUUUGGAUUCUUGGCUGUUCCUGGAGGAGCAGCGUUGGACCUGAGAACCGAAAUCUUGAAUGCUGUGAUACCACGAAUACCUGAUUUAGUCUGUUUGUUAGCUCCAAGCAACACUUUGAAGAGAAGCACCGUUGUCAGUGAAGCUGGGAAACAGUUUAAAAAGCUCCUAACAACUGUUUGCACACUUUUUCCGAAGGUGUUUGUGUUGGAUUUCCCUCCAAGACUAAACGUGGAUCCUCAGGUUCAGUCUCUUUUACGACAAGAAUUCCACAGAGUAUCGGUGCAAUUGGGUGUCUCAUACAAAUCAGUUGCUGAGCUGUUUCCAAUGAGAAAACUGCACCUGUGGAGCAGAGAUGGGGUACACCUAAGUGACGAUGAUGGGAUGAAAAUCCUAAAUAAAGCAAUAUAUGAGGCCUCACAUGAGCAGAUUCACAAGCCAACUGCAGAGACGGAGGUGAUGCCCACCAUGUCAUGCUCUCCUCCAAAGAUGCUUGAGCAGGUUCCCAAGCCAACUGCUGAAAAAGUCUCAAAGUUGCUUUGUACACCUGAGGUUCCAGUUGUGGCCCCACAAGAUCCCUUUGAAUGGAACAUUGUCGGAUCUCACAAUAAGACCUUUCCAACUUCAAGUAAACAAGAAAGCUGUACUUCGCCAAAGAGAGUACUCCAUUUAAAGGUGGAAGAACAAAUGGACUUUUCUGUGGAGCUCAAUCCAAAGUGGUUUGAUGGUGAAAUGCUGGAAAUAUUGGGGGAUGGCAACACACCAACUUUUGGAGAUGCUUCUAUUGCGCCAUUUCAAAAAACUAAGGUAAUACUGAUGGGGAAUGGUGUUUUGUUAAUAUGUGCAAUGUGUUAAUAUGUAUAAUUUUGAUCCCAAACAUUUUUGGCACUGUCUUUAAAUGAAUUGGCUAUUAAAAUUUGAAGGAAUGCCAUGUAUUAAAGUAUAAAUUAUUGACAAGACUU